CAAAAUUUUUUUGAAAAACAUAUUGAGAAGAAAGAAACUAAACAAAGGGGAAAAAAAAACAUAAAGAAUUUGGGACCUUAUUUGAGGUCCCUAUACAUAUUGAAAGAAACAAUUUAAGAAUUGAUCUUAAAUUGAAUAUUUUCAAUUAUUAUUGUGGUGUUUUGUGGAAUAAAUUUGUUGAAAAUUAUCAUCAUAUAUUAUAAUGAGCCAAAGGAGUUUUACUGGAGAUCAAAAUAAGGCAACAGUAGUUGCAAUAGAUAAAGAUAAAGGAAGCCAAUAUGCAUUAAAAUGGGCUGUUGAUACUUUAAUUGGAAGAGGCAAAAAUGUUACUCUUCUUCAUGUUAAAGUUAGACCUUCUGUUUCCCUUCCUAAUGCAGAUGUGAGUGAUGGAACUCCCAGAGUAUAUAGAAGUGAUCCUGAUAGUCAAGCAAAGGAGUUGUUCUUACCUUUUCGAUGCUUCUGCACCCGUAAGAAUAUUCAAGUCAAUGAAGUUGUAAUUGAAGGCAUAGACAUAGCGACCUCCAUAAGUGACUAUGUUACAGCAAAUGUCAUAGAGAAUCUGGUGGUGGGCGCUGCAUCAAGGAACGGUUUUGUUAGCAGAUUCAAGAUGACGGAUGUCCCAACCGCGGUGUCCAAAAUCAUACCUGGCUUUUGCACAGUUUUUGUGAUUGCCAAAGGCAAAGUUCAAUCGACAAAGAAUGCAUCUUCUCCAGUUCCCAGUUCACCAACUCCCUCGCAGCAGAAUCAUUCCACCUCCUCUCUAGGUGCUAAGCUUGGCUUCGCUGAUACACGUUAUGCACAAAUCAGCAGCGACACAAAAGGAAGCGUGACUGAUGUUAGGUCACCAUACGCAUCACGAAGCUCAGCUGACGAUUUAGAUAGCAUCAAGUCCCCAUUCACCAGAGGUAAAGGGAUAAACAGAUCAUAUGGAGACCUCUCAGUGGCAGAAUCUGAUUUAUCAUUUGUGAGCUCUGGUCGUCCAAGCUCUACAUUUCCAAUCUCUAUGGAUAGCAGUCACGAUUUGGGUCUUCCCCCUCGGCUUUCAAACAGCUCAGACACAGAUGCUAAAUAUUCUGCUCCACGACUUUCAAACAGCUCAGAAACAGAGAGCAGACUAAGCUUUGGAUCAUCAUUCUCAGCAACCAGGUUAUCUGAAGCUAAUGGCUUCUCAUCAAAUUCUUUUGAUAGUGGCAAUGGAUCAUGGUCUUCGCCCAGCAACAUGGAAGACAUAGAAGCAGAGAUGAGAAGACUCAAGCAGGAACUCAAGCAGACCAUGGACAUGUACAGUUCAGCAUGCAAGGAGGCACUUUCAGCAAAACAUAAGGCAAUGGAGCUUCACCGCUGGAAAGUAGAAGAAGAACAAAAAUUAGAAGAGGCACGACUAGCAGAGGAAGCAGCACUGGCUGUUGCAGAGAAAGAAAAAGCGAAGUGCAGGGCAGCCCUUGAAGCAGCAGAAGAAGCACAGAGGAUCGCCGAACGAGAGGCACAGAGAAGAAUCAGUGCAGAAAGGAAGGCACUCAAAGAAUCUGAAGAGAAGAAGAAGGUACUGGAUGCCCUUGCACAGAGUGAUUGCCGGUAUCGUAAGUAUACAAUAGAGGAGAUUGAAACAGCAACAGAUAACUUUGCAGCAAUUCGUAAAAUUGGAGAAGGUGGAUACGGGCCGGUAUACAAGUGUUACUUGGAUCACACGCAGGUUGCAAUUAAGGUUCUCCGCCCAGAUGCUGCUCAGGGAAGGUCACAAUUUCAGCAAGAGGUUGAAGUUCUAAGCUGCAUAAGGCAUCCAAACAUGGUUCUUCUACUUGGAGCCUGCCCUGAAUUUGGCUGCCUAGUGUAUGAGUACAUGGCCAAUGGGAGCUUAGAUGAUCGCCUCUUCCGAAGAGGAAGCACUCAAGUUCUUCCUUGGCAACUGAGAUUUCGUAUAGCUGCAGAGGUCGGAACUAGCCUCCUCUUCCUUCACCAGACCAAGCCAGAACCUCUAGUGCACCGGGAUCUGAAACCUGGCAACAUUUUGCUUGACCGCAACUAUGUAAGUAAGAUCAGCGAUGUUGGUUUAGCUAGGCUCGUCCCCCCUUCUAUAGCUGACUCCGUGACACAGUACCGAAUGACAUCAACAGCGGGAACAUUUUGUUAUAUAGAUCCUGAAUAUCAGCAAACUGGGAUGUUGGGAACAAAAUCUGAUAUAUACUCAUUUGGAAUAAUGCUUCUCCAAAUAAUUACAGCCAGACCUCCAAUGGGUUUGACUCACCAUGUUGAGAGGGCAAUUGAGAAAGGCACUUUUGCUGAUAUGCUUGAUCCAGCAGUUCCUGACUGGCCUGUGGAAGAGGCUUUAACGUUUGCCAAGUUAGCACUCAAGUGUGCAGAACUCAGGCGUAAAGACCGACCAGAUCUUGGCACUGUAAUUUUGCCUGAACUUAACAGGUUACGUGUACUUGCUGAAGAAGCAAUGCAACCAAUGCUUUUUGGAAGCAGCCCAAGAAGCACAACUAGUGAAAGUCGAUCUAGCUCUCAAGUAAUUUCAGGAUCAGAUAGCAAUAAAAGUCGCUCAAGCAACCCCUUUUCAUCAAGCACAAAAUCAAGUGGUGAAUAAGAAUAUGCAUAUAACAGAAAAAAGCUGGAGGAGCCAAGAUACUGUUGACACCAAAGAUACCACAAGCAGCUUCUUUAAUGUAGUUCAUCUUCUAGGUAGCUGAAGAUAGCUGUUUCCAUCCAGCUACCAGUUACUUAUUAUUUAUCCUGCAAAAAGAAAAUGAUGCUUUAACUAAACUAUGUUCAUAAAAGUUGACAGACUUCUGAUAGCAUGUUUCCUUUUGCUUUAUAAAAAAUAUUUUUUUCCCUUUAA